UGACUUAUUGAAUUGCAAAUUGCAAGUUGCAUUGCCAUUUGGAUUUUGCUACAUAUAUGCUUCCAUAGAUUUCUUUCGCUAUAAAACAGUUUUUUGUUUAUUGUUUUUUUGUCUUAAUCAUGUGUUAAGACAUCACCACCACACGGCGGAGCUGUGGGGCCAAAAUGAAACAGGAAACGCGCAGAAGAAGACGCACCUGGAGACCCAAACAAUCUCAUGUGAUAUUCCCACCAACUAGCGUUUGUUUUGCUCUGGGAAAACCUCAAAUUCCCGAACUAUCCAUCGUCCAAACAUUGCUCUCCCUCGGGUUUUCCUCUCGCCGGGUCAGCUGCGGACGGCUCCCAGCGCACCUCAUGGAGACCUCCGCCAGACGCGUCCAGAUGUACACCCAGGACGAGAGGCGCGUCAUAGAGGAGGCGGUCAACGCUGCGAUACGCGCCCUGCUGGACGCCAUGCACCGCGUCAACAGCGAUAAAAUAGUCAAGUACCAGAGUGUCGUGGAGGAGAGGGACAAGGAGAUCAGUCGGCUGGAGUACAAAUUGAGACAGAAUGAGCUGGAACUGAGGGUCGUGCGGGGACAGAGGGAUGGGUACCGGAGGCGGGCUCUCGAAGGGCAGGGUCCCAGUGAUGAAGAACAUGAUGAGGUCCUCGCGGGCUACGAGGUCCCUGCUGGAGAGGAUGCGAUGACGAAUGGCUUUACCGUGCAGAAGGAUUUCCCUAUCCGUCGGCCCUGCCUAUACGAGACCUUCCCGACGUCUGAGUCUGACCCCCCAGCGUCUCCCCCCCCCCCCCCUCCAGGUGGUUCAGCAGAGAGACCUCCGUCGCUCUCCAGUGGUGACGACCCCCACCACACCGGCCAGCCCUCGCCGCACCACCGACACAGAGUCCCCCGGGACGCCUCCUCCUGCCCCCCCCUCUCCCCCGGGCGCCGCCACUCGCCCCGCCCCCCCGGCGCUCGGGGCAAAGACGAGGAGGAGGAGGAGCCGUCGGGCUGCGAGGCGUUCUUCAUCAAGCUGGAGAUGUGUGAGCAGAGCUGUGGGAGUGGCCAACAGGACGACAGGCAGCAGCCGGACGGCCCCGACCACAGCCCCGACCACAGCAGACGGCUGACGGACGCUCAGAGGAACAAGCGGUACCGCCAGCGAUGUCGCUCCACCCCCGAGGGCCUUCGGGCCUGCAGGGAGAAGGAGAGGAUACGCUACCUGAAGAGGAGGGUACUGGUGGCAGAGAUGUCGGAGGAAGCCCGGAGGAGAAAGAGGGAGAUGUGGAGAGCGGCAGCCAGAAGGCACCGCGACCGCAAUACCAUGCGGCCUGCCGCCCCACUGCCCGCCAGCAGGGGGCGACAACGACGACCGCUUCGACGACUGGCCGGCGCUGGGCGACGCGGAGAGUCCGACGCGAGAGGAGCUGGACCACUUCACGCGCAUGGAUCACCGACAGCAUCCCAGCAACCCUGAUGUCUGAUGAUGAGACGAGGGGCGUCUGAGUCAUGCUGCUUCAGUAAAGCUUUGUGUAGAAGUCAGCAAAAAAGUUUACUUAGAAACGUUGACUAAUUUCUGCCCCCGCAAUGGAAUCGCUGACAAGAUAUCAAUAUUUAGCUUCGUAAUUUUUAGCUACCUUUUUAUUUAAAAUUUUUUUGUGAUGGGCCCCCAAUCAUCCCGCAGCAUUGAGUUAGUGUAUGCCUAUCUAUAUGACUUUGCCUAUUCUGUUUUCUACACUGGAUGUGGAGGCAAAUCAUAAAUUAAAAACGUUUGCAAAAGUGGAAUAAUUUGCACGUAAACGGUAUAGAAAAUAUCAAACGGGAUAGGCCUACUACAUAUAUUUUUGGACCCCGUAUUUGUAUUGACAGGCGCCACGUGAAACGAGGUGGAGCUUAGCCUGUGUGCGUGUGAACGUGUGAACCAGACCAUAGCCCACCAACUCUCAUAAGCCCCUGGCUCCACACGGCGUGCAUGAGGCUAGAGGAAGAGAGUUGGUGUUUCGUAGCACUGUGGGCGGUCGGGGCCCCCUGAUGCGAUGACUCGGAGCAGGUUUUGCCAAGUGUUUCUUGUACGUCCAAGCCGGAAGGACCUCAGGUAAGGUCUACUGACUUACGAUCUGCCACUGUUUGUUAUGAACGCUUAACUAUCGUCUGCCGAAGUGAAUAAAACAAAUGCCUUUAUACUUCA